AUUCACAGAGUGGACACAGGGCGGCAUUCUGUACCAACAAACCCAACCACCCAAAAUGGAGUAAGGCUAAAUAAGAAAGACAACCCGCUGAAUGGAAGUCCACGUCUGAAGACACACAUUUGAGCAAUAACUGAAUUUUUCAUUUGCGAGAUCAAGAAUAACCGUUAACUGCAGGAGCAGAAUGGAGCCAUCAGAGCAGUCGGACCCGGACUCAGGCUCUCAGGAGAUCAACCCUGUGUUCCUCCAGCAGCUCAGAGAGCUGGACAUCCCAGAGGAAGCAGCCAAACAGGCGCUUCUGCACACCCGGAACGUGUCUGCAGAGGAGGCGGCCAUGUACUACUUCAACAAGCUGGAGAAUGAGGAAGAGGCUGAUGAUGACCUCAUGUUCAAAAUGGUGUUUGUUGUGAAUAUGGACCUGGCCAUGGGAGUGGGGAAGGUUGCUGCCCAGGUCGCCCAUGCCGCUGUCGGUCUGUACCAGACUCUGCAAGAAAAGAACAGCUGGAGGGAAAUGGCCUGGAAGUGGGAUCACACUGGAGCCAAGAAGGUGGUGGUCCAGGGCACCAAUGUGGCCCAUCUACUGGAGCUGCAGGCUCUGGCCAUGAGCCUCAGUCUGCCCACGUACCUGGUCCAGGACGCGGGACUGACCCAGGUGGAGGCCGGCUCCCGCACCGUCCUGGCCAUCAUGGGUGAAGAGGAGAUGGUGAACAACGUCACUGGGAGUCUGAAGCUGCUCUGAGGGUCUGAUCCUACAAUGAGAAGGGGUGGGGGGGUGGGGGGUGGAAACGCAUGGCUCUGCAGUACCACCGUCCAACCAGCAGAGGGCAGCAUUCCCCAGCAGUACCCAGAGAGAUGGCAUGCAGGAGUGAAACGACCUUUGAAAAAAAAAAACGAACUGAAGAAUGAGGGAAAACAA